UCCGACAUCACUGGGGCUGAGUUUGAGCUCUCAAUCAAAUCCCAGAGACGAGUAGGAAGCUCUGUGGAGACAUGUAAGAUGGCAGAGCUGCAGAUGUUACUAGAGGAAGAAAUUCCAGCCGGUAAACGAGCUCUCGUGGAGAGUUAUCAGAACCUUACGAGGGUCGCGGACUACUGUGAGAAUAAUUAUGUUCAGGCACAGGAUAAGAGGAAAGCCUUGGAAGAGACCAAAGCCUACACCACCCAGUCUCUGGCAAGCGUGGCCUACCAGAUCAAUGCCUUAGCCAACAAUGUCCUGCAGUUGUUGGAUAUCCAGGCCUCGCAGCUGCGCAGGAUGGAGUCCUCCAUCAACCACAUCUCUCAGACGGUGGACAUUCAUAAAGAGAAGGUCGCCCGACGAGAGAUCGGCAUCGUGACAACGAAUAAAAACACAUCAAGGACUCAUAAGAUCAUCGCUCCGACCAACAUUGAGCGGCCGGUGAGGUACAUCAGGAAGCCAAUCGACUACACCGUUCUGGAUGAUGUGGGCCAUGGAGUAAAGCAACACGGCAACAAUCAGUCCAUCAGAGGAGGAACUCUCUCCAGGACCAAUCCCCCAACACAGAAACCUCCCAGCCCACCCUUGGCAGGACGAGGCACUCUUGGGCGUAACACUCCUUAUAAAACACUUGAGCCGGUGAAACCUCCAACAGUGCCCAACGAUUACAUGACGAGUCCAGCUCACUUGGGCAGCCAAUACAGUCCAGGACGCACUGCGUCUCUCAACCAGAGACAGAGAACCCACAGUGGCAGCAGCGGGGGCAGCGGCAGUCGAGAGAACAGUGGCGGCAGCAGCAUCGGCAUUCCCAUCGCCAUACCGACUCCCUCCAUUCCCAACUCCGUCCCAGCUGUGGCUGCUGGGCCAGGUCUCGGGCCCAUCCCAAUGUCUCAGUUCGGCACGAUAUCUCGGCAGAUCUCCCGACACAGCUCCACCACCUCCUCCGUCUCCAUGGUUUCUGCCACAGGCACAUACCGCCGAGCGCCGGCCGUCUCUUCCCAGUUCUCCCUGCAGCAGCCGCACGUUAACGGGGGCACAAAUGCAAUGUCUAUGGCCCCCCCUCCUCCACCCAUGCCUCAGCUCACCCCACAGAUCCCGCUCACAGGUUUUGUGGCCAGAGUUCAGGAAAACAUUGCAGAUACCCCGACUCUUCCCCCUCCCCCUGAUGACAUGCCCAUGUUUGACGAGGCUCCGCCUCCACCUCCGCCUCCACCAGUCGACUUUGAAGAUGAAGAGGCAGCUGUAGUGCAGUAUAGUGACCCCUAUGCAGAUGGAGACCCUCACUGGGCCCCCAAGUCCUACAUUGAGAAAGUGGUUGCCAUCUACGACUACACCAAGGAUAAGGGUGAUGAACUGAGCUUCAUGGAAGGAGCCAUCAUCUACAUCAUCAAGAAGAAUGACGACGGCUGGUUCGAGGGCGUUUGCAACGGCGUCACUGGUCUGUUUCCCGGAAACUACGUGGAGUCCAUCAUGCACUACACCGACUGAAGAGAGCGGACUUCAAUCAGAUCUGACCACAGUAUAGACCGCUGUUCCUCACAAAUGAACUUUCCUCCGUGGUGAUGGGUGGAUGUGGGCAAACGGGAUGAGCAGCUAUUCGGAGGAAGUCAGUGUGCAUAAAAGGAAAGUUAGCCUGUGGGUGUCUGUAGUGAAUGUCAAUCACAGUCAAUACAACAUGUGAACAUGCUUUUAUGACAUUUCCAACAAAGUCGACCAUUUACUUGAUUUCCUUGAUCUCUUCUCUCCAUUCACAUUUGUUUGGACAUUUUGGAUGAGAAAAUCACUCAUCUUAUGAACUAAUUAAUUUGAGUGUUUUAUCUUAAAGCACCACGUCAUUGCCCCAAAGUGUAAAAAAUCUUAACGUAAAGCAUGCAUACAAAAUUGAAAUAUGUAUUGUAACCUAAACGUUCAAUUCCAUUCAUCUUUGUAUUCUUUACAGUACACAUUUUUUAAUAUAGGCAUUUGUAGACUACUUAUUUCUUAUGCUCUAAUUGUUAGUUUAAUAUUGAUAUUUUGGGGGGGGGGGGA